UCAGACUAGAAAACAGAAGGUACAGUAUGGGAGCAACAACAUCAACAUUGGAGAACGAUAUUGAAUCGUCAGUCAGAAAGUUAUUCGAAAACAAUAUAUACGAGGAAGGUGUGUCAUUACCUAUAUCAUCAGCAGCAGCAUUCAAUAGAGAAUAUACUACAUCCACCCAUGCACCAGAAGACAUAUGUCUCACCAUUGUAGAUUCGCCACCUGAUCAUCAUAUCCAACAUAUGGACAUAGAUUACAAUUACAACUCUGAGUACCUGACAGUCGAUUCACCACAGAUACAGCAUAAUAACACCAAUAAUGAUAAUUACAACUACCCCGAAUAUUUAACGAGAGAUGCAACAACUGGGAUCCAGCAUAAUUCUGACAACAAUGAUAUCUACAUUAGUUCGGAGCAACUGAAGAACACUGAUUUGGCAGAUGCAGUCCAGAUUAAUAAUAUAUAUGCUUAUGAUUCUGAAGACAACGGGGACCAGAAAGACCUUGUAAAGAAGUAUCAGGUACUAUACAAAGCAGCACUUAAAGGUGACUGGGAUAGGGCUAAAAGGAUUUUUAAAGUUGAUCCUUCUGCGCUGACGGCAAGUAUUACAGUCGGCAAUGAGACAGCAUUGCACAUAGCAGCAGCUUCAGGGCAUUCAAUGUUUGUUGAAAAUCUUGUGACACUCAUGCCAUCAGAUGCACUAGAGUUGAAGAACUGUGAUGGUGAAACAACGCUUCAUUUUGUCGCUGCUGCUGGAUUGAUCAGAGCUGCAAAGGCGAUGGUGACUAAAAACCCUAAUUUGACACAGAUGCGCGAUAAUAAUGAGUGGGUUCCGCUUGUAACUGCAGCUUACAGUGCUAAUUCUUCAAACGAACGCAGUAAGGAAAUGGUUAAGUAUCUUUGCAGCGUCACUAGAGAUGAGGAACCAAGUCCCUACUAUGGUGUCUCGGGUGGUACCCUAAUCUGUAUAUCUAUUGCAAGUAAUUUAUAUGAUGUUGCUCUGUACCUGGUCCAACGAUUUCCAAACUUGGCUACUGAAAAAAGUGAAGAUGGUUACUGUGCGUUGGAAGCAAUGGCAGAAAGACCUUCAGCAUUCCCAAGUGGGAAUGAGCGGACAUUGUGGCAACAGUUCCUCUACUCAUUUCGCAGUGCUAAACAAAUACACGACGAAGAAUUAAUGCAAAAGCAUGCCUUGGCCUUGGUUAAAUGCAUUUGCAGACAAAUUUCUCUGAAGAGCAGCACAGAAAUUUUCAAAUUUUUCACAGAAUCAGACACUUUGGAGCUGGCCACAAGAUUCGGGGCGGUUGAAAUAGUAGUGGAGUGUGUUCAAACAUUUCCUGACCUAAUGUGUAUCAGAAUGAAGACCAAUAUGACUGUAUUAGAAGAAGCCAUAAAAUAUCGACGAGAAAAGAUUUUUAAUCUCAUAUGUGAGAUGAAUGCAGAUAAAAAAAUGGCUUCCUUCAUAUAUGAUGAGAAUAACACUAUCCUGCACUGGGUCGCAAAGCUAGCAAAUCCUCGGAGCCUCAAUUCAGUUUCUGGUUCAGCUCUUCAAAUGCAACGAGAGCUCCAGUGGUUUAAGGAGGUUGAGAAGAUUACGCUACAAAGACAUAGACAAAAGAAAAACGAUGAAGGAAAGACAGGUCGAGAUCUUUUCACGGAGGAACACAAGGAAUUAUUAGAAAAAGCAGAGAAGUGGAUGAAAGAUACAGCCAAUUCAUGCAUGCUUGUAGCUACACUCAUCACUACAGUAGUUUUUGCAGCAGCUUUCACAGUACCAGGAGGCAAUAACAGUGACAAUAGUAGCAAUGACAGUGGGAAUCCAAUUUUCUUAAAUACAACAUCAUUUGCAGUGUUUGCAAUUGCAGAUGCCUCGGCUCUCUUUUCUUCCAUCACAGCGGUUCUUAUGUUUUUUUCUAUCUUGAGUUCACGUUACUCAGAAGAUGAUUUCCUAUAUUCACUGCCAAAAAGAUUAAUAAUCGGAUAUGCAAAUCUCUUCUUCUCUAUAGCUACCAUGAUAGUAGCUUUCGGAGCAGCACUUUCUAUUGUGCUUCAAGCUAGAUGGACAUGGAUUCCAGUUCCUAUAGCAUUGUUUGCUUGUCUGCCUGUGACUUUGUUUGCAUUGCUGCAGCUCCCAUUGUUUGUCACGCUUGUUCGUUCUACCUAUGGGCCAAGCAUCUUUCGGAGAGAGGACCAACGUAUGAAGUGGAGUUACUAAAAAGGGCAGUGAACUAUAUGUGUCUCAAUAAGUGGGAGUACUUGUGUGAUAGUAGCUAGACAAUUGUAUCUUCUACUUAAACUAGAUAAGAGAUUCUAAGUAACCAAACUCAGGUCAGUCUUUGCUAGUUGUAACUAACUCAUUCGGUUUACAAUCAAAUUGUGAUGUGCUUUUCGCCUGUGA